GGGGUCACGUGACAGGGCAGUGCCUGCCGCCGAGCGCUCCUCUCGGGGCCAAAUCGCGAAGUGAAAGCUUGCAGGUGGAGCAGAGGAGUACCUGAAUCAGCACAAGCGGAGCUGAGGCUGAGCUUUCGUGUGGAGUCCCGAACCAUGACAAUGGUCUCCUGCAGAAUCCCCCAUCACUAGCUGAGCAACAUGGCUCCAGCUUCUCCUUGCAGAGAAGACACCACCAGCUCAUUAGAACUGCCCUGGAGGGUAACGCCAACAUAGAAACCCACCAACCUCCAAACAGACUGCACCUGCUUUUUUCAAGUGGACACCCUUCCUGAACCGACCCCCUUUGGAAAUCCUCCGUAGAUGAACAGGAUUCAUGUGUGCAGGACCGUGAGAUCAAAGGAGCGACAUACAGAUGUAGACUUUGGAACAUGUUCAGGCUCUGAUUUCGUUGCUUUGGUGGCAGAGCUGGACUGUACAGCUCUCCCACUUCGAUAAACGGGAACUUUGAGCCAUGUCUCUUCUGCCGACUCUCAGCAUCGUCUGUAGAUUGAUGCUUUGUGUUUGGUGUGGUGCACUCCAUAACCACUACGGUGUCCCAAGAAACACCAUCCUACAUCCCAAUGAUCUGAAGGUGUUCAGAGAAGACAACAUCUUUAACUACACAACCAUGCAGCUCAGAGAUGACCUGGGUGUGGUGCUCAUCGGGGCAAGAGAGGCCAUCUUUGCUCUGGAUAUCAACAACAUUUCUACCAAAAAAUCUUGGGUAUACUGGCCUGUGACUGAGGUGAAGCAGACGGAUUGCACCUACAAGGGUAAACAAGCUGAGGUGGAAUGCCGUAACUACAUUCGAACCCUGCACACCAUAAAUGACACUACAAUUUACGUUUGUGGCACAUAUGCUUUUAGUCCAGUCUGUGAUUAUUUGACAUUUGCUAAUGGGCAGCUUUUGCUGAAGGGAAAGCCAGAGGAGGGAAAGGGGAAGUGUCCUUUUGAUCCCUUUCAGAGAUACUCCUCCCUCAUGGUCGGAAGUGACCUGUAUUCUGCUACAUCCAUCAAUUUCUUGGGCUCUGAGCCUGUGAUUCUGCGUAGCUCCAGCUCAGCAGCUCUUCGCAGUGACUUUAAAUAUUUCUGGCUCAAUGAGCCAAACUUCGUCUUCAUGGACAUUGUUGGCGAGAGUCUUGACAGUCCUGACGGCGAUGACGACAAAGUGUAUUUCAUCUUCAGUGAGAACGCUGUGGAAUAUGACUUUUACACUAAAGUCAAAGUGUCACGGGUGGCUCGUGUCUGCAAGGGAGACAUGGGCGGCCAGCGGACGCUGCAGAGGAAAUGGACGUCGUUCCUGAAAGCUCGUCUGGAUUGUUCUCUCCCUGAACCCAGCCUGCCCCUUAUUGUCCAGGAUGUUUUCCUGAUGAAGCACAAUGACUGGAGAAAAAGUGUAUUUUAUGGUAUCUUCACACCACAGUCAGGCCUGUCUCAGGUGUCUGCAGUGUGUGCGUACAGCAUUUCUGAUAUUAGAAACAUUUUCAAUGAGGGAAAGUUUAAGACCCGUGCCGCUGUGGAGUCAUCUCAGGACAAGUGGGUGAUGUACACUGGGGAGGUGCCAGUCCCAAGACCAGGAGCGUGCAUCAACAAUGUGGCGCGUAAAAUGGGGGUGAAUGAGUCGCGGCAGCUUCCAGACAAAACCCUGCAGUUUGUCAGGGACCGACCCCUGAUGGACGACGCCGUCAGUCCAGUGACGGGCAGACCGCUUCUGCUGAAGAAGGGACCUUUGCUGACCCGGAUUGUGGUGGACAGCGUGACUGCACUGAACCAACAGACGUAUCAUGUCAUGUUCAUUGGCACUGAAAAUGGAUUUAUCCAGAAAGCUGUCAACUACGCUGGAGAGAUGUUAAUCAUUGAGGAGAUUCAAGUGCUCGAAAGCCCUGAGCCUGUCGGCAUCCUGCGUCUCUCAUCUAGCAAGGGCCAACUGUAUGCGGGCUCAGACAGCAGUGUCAUCCAGAUGCCAGUCAGUAACUGUGGUCGCUACGAGAGUUGUGUGGACUGCGUCCUUUCCAGGGAUCCCUACUGUGCCUGGGAUACCUCCUCUGAGCAGUGCUCCCGGGUCCACAGCUUGUCUUCCUCCUCCAAGAAUAUGGUGCAGAGUCUGGAGGAGGGAGACGUGUCGGAAUGUCCUGCACCAGAUCCCGUAGAAGCUGUGGACUUUCACCUAGUUCCUGGGAACAACAUCCAGCUGCCUUGCAGGCUUCACUCCAACCUGGCACAGGCCCACUGGCAAUUUUCUGACCAAACACUAGAGGCCAACAACAAAUACUACAUCUACAGCGGAGGCCUCCUCAUCCUGAAUGCCUCUGAGUCGGAUGCCGGCCUGUACACCUGUGACUCCGUAGAGCAGAUAGGCAGCAGAACGUUCAGCAGGACCAUUGCUCUUUAUAGCGUUAAGACUCCCCCUGCCCCCCCAGUGGUCGCCGUUUCCACUCCAGGGACCACAAUGAUAAAAUAUUCAGACUACACUCACACCAACACCCUGACAACAAAGACAGAGGAAGUGAUGCCAAGCCCGUUACUCCCUGAGAACCGAAAAGACAAUGGCAGAGUGAGUCACCUGGAGGUGGCUGUUGGUCUGCUGUCCUUGCUUUGUCUCUGCCUUUUUGGGGCCAUUUUUUGGUUCUGGGGUCGAAAACACUUGAGGUGUCUGAGAAUUGUGCAAACCCUCGGUGGUGGAGAGGGGAGAAGGCCGUCGGGGGAGUAUAUACACAGCCAGAACAAAACUUCAGAGACAAAGCUCCUGGAGCCAAAGGCAGGAGCCGUCAUUGCCAACAACAAUCACUCUUGUGUGGACUUCAAAGUGAACGGGGACAACCACUUGGCCAACAUUUCAGGCUUGGAUGGUUUGGGAUAUAUAUGCGACGAGUCCGAGAUUUGACUACUGAGGCACAGGCUGAGGGGUUUCUUCAGAAGGUUCUUCUUACUGCUAAGUCUAUAAUGAAAUUAUUCAUAAUAGACUACUAUUUACAUUACCAAUAAUUUCCUCUUAAAGGGGCUCAUGUUCUUUGUGAGAACACCAUAGUGGGCUUUAUUAUGUUUUUUAAAGCUCGUUUUUACAACUUUGGGUUCAAUUUCUGCAAUAUGUUUAUUUAUUUAUUUUUUUACAUCUUGUAAAGACAAAAAAACAAGCACACAAACUAGCAGGGCGUUGACCCCUUUGAAAAAGGUGACUUUUUCUGUCCAAAACGGUUCUAUUGGAGUUUGACUGUCAGUGAUUCAACUGUGCUGCUGUGUUUCCUGAUAGCUGUUGAUACCUGUGCUGUCAGGCACUGAUUUGCUGCACACACGUGAACACACUCCAAUAAUACCAUCUAUUGAUUGUGUUUGAAAAAAAAAAAAACAACUGCAACUCUUCUUAAAUGUUAUCUGGGGUUAACAUGUAACCAUGGCACUUUUUGGCAAGGUACACGGGUUCAUUUCAGACGUGAAUUUACGGUAUUUUUUUUUCCUAAAGGCUCAUUUGAAUGUAGAUUAUUUGGAGAAUGUACAUUUCAUUGAAUUUGCUGAAAAUCUCAGCACAUUUACAACUUUAAAACAAUGUUUUUUAUAUAAAGAAAUAGUUGGGUUUUUUAUAUAUACAAGUGCUAGUUUAUGUUCAGUUGUCUGUAUGGAUUUAUAUCCAUUUCACAAGAGUUCCAACAUGCUGCAGUUUUUUGAGGUGUCUGAUCAUUAAUAUGGUUUCUAAUAUUAGAUAAAACGAAUGAUCUUAUUUUUGUUUAGUAAAAGGGUGGGGUGGCCAUGGUGCAAAGGUAGAGUGGUCAACCUCUGAUUGGAAGACUGCAGGUUCAGCUCCCUCCUUGUCCACCCAAAGUGAAUAACGCAAGACACUGAACCUCAUUGCUCCUGGCGUUUACAGGUUGGUGCCAUGUGUUCGGCAGCGGAGCCACCGUCAGUGUGUGAAUGUGUGUGCGCAUGGGACCUAACCCAGAAAGCGCUUUGGGCCUUCUAAAGGACUAUAUAUGUAAACGCCAUUCACCAUUUUUGUUUAAGAAAGUUCAUUGCAGAAUCUAGAAAAUCUGUAUUUUACUUUUUUUUUUCUUUUAAAGCCUUUCCAUCAACACCACCCUACAAUACCUCUGCUCUGGUAUCUAUUUGAAUCAUUACAAACAAUUAAAAAAAAAAUCAUUUUCUUAAAAGAAUGUCACCUGUAAAGUUCAGCAACUUAAGCUGAUGUUUCAAAUAUGCCCCUUUUUUUUAAACAAAGUUAUGGGAGAGAACACAAAAAGAUUUAAACUAUCAAAGUUUAACUGUUCUUUUGAAUAAAAUCAAAUUCUUUCAACCCACA